GACGUAAUACAGUGACGUUAUGAUUGUGUACAAACAAACGUAGGCUUUAAAUUAUUUUUGAGAUAGAAAAUAAAUCAUUUUAUUGAAUGGAAAUUAAAACUAUUUGCUCAUAAGGUGCUAUAAUAUACUGCUCUAGUGCAUGAUUUCCAUCAAUUUUAAAGAGUUAUGACUACGAGUACUGUAGUAAUGUGGAUGUGAGAACAGCUGUCGUAUCUUGUUCAAUUUUGUUAUUUUCUCCCUCGCUAAAAAUAUUGUCUGGAAAACAAGUCACAUACAAGAAUUAUUAUCAUCUGAAAAGCUGUUAUUACGUUGGAUGAAUGUGAGGAGUUGUGAAUAUAUUGGUGUUUUUAAAAUCAUUGUUACUAUUAGUUGUGUGUUAGUGCUUCAAAACAUCUAUAAAGUAUUAUAAAAACACGACUAUUCGUUCAAAUAAAGGUAUUAAUAAUGAGUAGACUGCAAUCGGAAAGACAUUUUCUUAGGUACAAUUCAAUCAAUUAUGGAGCAACAAGUUCACAAGAUGCCAGCGACGAGGAAAUCACGCCUCUUCUCGACGACAUGGAUGGCUUCAAGGCAGGCGCCAGCACCCAGGUUCUCGUCCCACCCGGCGACGAACCUGCGAGAAGACUUCCCCAGUACAUCGCCACGUUCGCAGUGACGCUGGGCGCCUUCUCGCUCGGCAACGUCCUGGCGUGGACGUCCCCCACCGGCUCGAAGCUGGCCCAGUGGGACACGAACAAGGACCCCUCGCUGCUGACCCCCUCCGAGUGGGCGUGGGUCGGCUCGCUGGUGAACAUCGGCGCGGCCUUGUCGGCCGUCCUCGUGGGGCUGCUGAUCGACCGGCUCGGGCGCCGGUACACCAUGCUCAGCUUCGUGCUGCCGUUCGUCGCCGGCUGGUUCAUGAUCGCCUGGGCAGGCCAGACGGUGGCGUUGUACUACGUGGGGCGCGUCAUCACGGGCAUGAUGGGCGGGGCGUUCAGCCUCACGGCGCCCGUGUACAUCAGCGAGGUGGCGCAGAAGGAGGUCCGGGGCACCCUGGGCGCCUGCUUCCAGCUCAUGGUCGUCGCCGGCAUCAUGUUCGUGUACGUGCUCGGUGGCAUCGACGGAGUGAGUGUGUUCGCGCUGACCCUGACGUGCAGUGUUGUCCCACUAGUCUUCGGAGUAAUGUUCGUGUUCACGCCCGAGACGCCGCUGUUCUACGUGCAGAAGGGCCGCACAGACAAGGCCCGGGAGUCCCUCCAGUGGUUCCGGGGCAGGGAAUACAACGUGGAUGCAGAGUUGCAGGAAAUGGAAACCUCUCUGGAAGUCUCUAGACAAAAAAAAUUGUCUUGGAAAGAGGCAUUCUCGACGACGGCGGCCAAAAGGGCUCUGCUUAUUUCUAUUGGUCUAAUGGUUUUGCAACAACUUAGUGGCGUUAAUGCUGUUAUAUUUUAUACUUCCGAUAUAUUCAAGGCGGCCGGGAGCGCGAUGGAGCCGACGGUGGCAGCCAUGAUCAUGGGCGGGAUCCAGGUGGUCGCGACGUUCGCCUCGACGCAGAUCGUGGACCGGGCGGGCAGGCGGGUCCUGCUGCUCGCGUCGGGUGGCGUCAUGGGCGUCUGCUCCGUGGUCCUGGGGGUGUUCUUCCACGUCAAGGACAGCGCGUCGGGCAUCGGGUGGCUGCCGCUCGCGAGCGUGUGCGUCUUCAUCGCCCUGUUCUCCGUGGGGUACGGCCCCAUCCCGUGGCUCAUGCAGGGCGAGCUGUUCCCCCCCGAGAUCAAGGGCCCGGCCAGCUCCAUCUCCUGCAUGCUCAACUGGCUGCUGUCCUUCUUCGUCACCAGGUUCUUCUCGCAGCUGGUGGCGGCCGUGGGGCAGGACGUCACCUUCUGGAUCUUCGGGGGGAUCACCAUCGCGGGGACGGCGUUCGUGUUCUUCGUCGUGCCCGAGACCAAAGGCAAGACGCUGGACGAGAUUCAGGUGGAGCUGGGGGGAGGGCGCGGCGGCCCUGAAAACGGAGAUGUUCCGCAACGUGAUAAAUAUUGAUGCAUAUUGCAUCGGGAGAGUAUUUAUGAUCAGACUUGUUAAUUUUAUUGUAGAACAUUGUUUUUUAAUGCUAAGCAUAAUCAUAAAGACAGUAUACUGUUUUUGUUACAGAUUUUUGAAAACAUUUUUAUGGUGAUUGUUACCAAAUAUUUUUGAUAAAAACUAAAUGUGUACAGUAUUAUCAAGAGUGUACUCUAGUUUUUGUGUGUUAUCAUAAGAGAACUUCACACAUGCUAAAUCAGGGUUGUCAUAGGCAUUUACUGGAAUUGUUUUAGUUACAAAUGAAGAGUUUCCGUUAAUGUUUUAAAAAAAUAUUAAUUUUUAAUUGUUUUGGCUUUUUGUUUAUUUUACUAAGGUAUACAUUAUAUUUUUAAUUAUAUAAAUAAAUAAAUGGGUACUUAAGCCUUGCAUUGUAAAUGUUUGUUAUGUAGCUAAACAAUAUUUACAGUAUUGUGGGUUCUUCCUUUAAGUUUGAAUUAUAACUUUCACUAUCAGUCAGAUAGUUCAACUUAUAUUGGUACUUAGUUCUAAUUGCAUUUUUACUACAAGUUGUUUUUAUUAACUUUUAAUAUUGCAGUAAUGUCAUGUGCACAUUGCAAAUAAAUUUCAGAAUGUUUAAUUGCUUUAAUGGUUAUGUUAUUAAAUAUAUUAAAAAAUUAUGUAUACUAUAUUUGUCUUUUUGUUUAGAUGUAAUAAAGUUUUUUUUUUUUAAUAUAUAUAAUUUUCCUGAUGCCAAGUGCAAAUGGCAGCUAUAACGAAUUGUAAAUAGCUCACUUAUGUAUAUUAGUAAUUUAUUUAUAGAACGAGAAACCAAAACUACAAAGUGUAAAAUUGAGGAAGGUGUAAUUUUGAGAUAAAGUAUGACAUAUUUGUUGCAUUCAAAAUUAUCGACAGUUUUUCCUGUUAUGAGUGGAAAUACAUUUGUUUAGUAUGAUUACGAUUAAUAUAUAUCAAUGUAAGAUUUUUGUAUUUUUAUGUGACUUGGGUCAGUUAUUAUUCUUUUAUUUUCACAAAUACAUAUGUAUAUCAUACUCAUUUCGGAUGAUUUUGAUGUGUGGUUGUUCAACAAGGAACUGUAUGAAACUGUAUAAGAUGUUUUAAAUUGACUUUAAAUCCAGCCCUUUAUGUUUACACAUUUCUGCUUAUUACAGAAUUUUUUCAUAAUAGUACUUUGAAAAGUGUAAAUAAUGUGUUUCACAGUAGCAUUUCUGGCUACCACAACAAAACCCCAUCACUAUUUUUUUUUACAUUUUAAAUGUUUGUCAUCAUAGCAUUUAGCUCACGUAUACACUAAGCAAAAUUGUAAACUGACAUUUUAGUUAGUAAAAUAAAUUAUUUAAAUGCCAGUCAAAAAAAAUUUUGGUUAAAAUAUUGAAAAAUCACAUCAGAAAGAAAUUUCUUGACUUAUUUAAAGAUUUUUACUGCAAGUUUUGUUUGAUUUGGUAAUUUUUUUUCUUUAACAUUUUGAUAACUAAAUUUUAAUGUGUUUCUUUAAUAUCCUCUUAUUUAUUUUUUUUUUUUUUUACCAGGUCCUAUUAUACUCUUCGCUCAUGUUAAACUAAAGUAAAAAUCUACAAACUGCAAACUUGUAAAGUAACAGAUGUAGGCCAUAGCAAGCUGGAGAUAAAGUUUAUUUUAUUGUUUUUUUUUAUUGCUUAUAUGUGUACAGGUUGGGGAAAAAGAAUUUUCUAAGAUAUGCAACUGUAAAUCAUUAUUUGAUAUGCCUUAAACAUAUGCAUCAUAUUUUAGUAAUACAGGAGGUGUAAAAUUAGUUAUUAGUAUUGUAAGUAUGUAAUGCAUCUUUUGUAAUUUGAGCAGUUGUGAUUUUGAAAUAUUGUCACCAGGUUUUAUAGCAGUGUAAAUUUUCUGUAACAUUUAGGUGCUCAGUUUUUCAGGUUUGGAUGCAAUUAAUGAUGUGAUAAUGAUAUUUUACCAUUUUCAGGGGCUUUUAUUGAUUGUUCGUUUCUCAGUGUGAUAAAAACUUCAGUACAUUGUACCAUAAACAACCAUUUGUAAACAUUUAACCUUUAUAUUGUAUUGAAUUCUUAAGACUGUAAGAACCAACAUUUCCCAAGUUUUACUGUGAUAUGAAAUGUUUUUAACUUGUUUUCAUAGCUUUUCUAUUGUUUGUUGAAUAAAUAUAUAUAUAUAAAAAAAGGAAACACAUUAAGGCUUAAAGGCUUGUUCAUUGAUAUUAUGGAUGAGCUCAUCAGAGCCAAGUAUGUAGUGUGGAACCGAUUAUAACUGUGUAGGGCCCAUUGUCUUAAGCAUGUGUGCAUAAUCGUACAGCAUAAAACACUUAUUUUUAUUUA